GCAAGCUCAAACAACUAUUUUUUUGCGGGCAGUUUUCUACUCUGUUGCUGAAACAAAACUAUUUAGUGCAGCGAUACAGCAGGAGCUGAGAUUCGACUCCGCUUUGUGGGGAGUGGCUUUCUUUCGACAUGCUCCCCAACGCUUGCUUACUCUUCUCCAAUAUUGCACCAUCCCUUCAACUCCCAAUGAUCAACAUCAGUAUUGAGGCCGCAGGGGGUUCGAUUCAACGCACGAUAUAUCAGGGAUUGUUGUAUCAUACAGCACAUCCACUGCCAAUACAAGGAAAAGAGACAAACUCCUAUGGUUGGCAGCACCUAUGGCUAUCAUCUUGCCCAGCGAGAAGCUGCAGUUGUCGACAGCCAAUCGAUGAGACUUGCUCUAUUUUUAUCGGCACAGCUAGCGUCUGGGGCUUCCUGUUGGCUGCAUGUCUCAGUCGCAACAGCCAUUCCGCUGGCGCAUGCGGUUCUCGUAUCCGAACAGACAGAGUUGGGCACUCACGACGGAUAUGCCGACACUUCAGCCUCGAGCAUCCUCGAAUCCUUGCGUUGCCUGCUAAUUUACUCAGUGUCACCCGGUUUACCAAUUGUCUCCGUCCUUUACAUCUACAACUCAACUCAUUUUCCGCCUCUUCGUAUGACCGUUGCAUCUCCUUCCAAUCCACUCAAUCAGGACAGUGGCGUGCACACGAAAAUACAAAUAGACAGCGCUCAUUGAAAGCAAUUGCGUUAUGGUUUUUAGAAGUUUCAUGUACAUGUUGUGCUGACAACUGGAGUGAACUCUAACAGUUGGUAUCCUUGGAAGAGCUGAAGGCCUCCACUUCUCUCACAGGCCCCAUCUCCCAUCUAGACUACUCAACUUCUAGCUGAAGCUCAUCUUCGUGCUGUGGCGGCGGUGGAUCAGCACGGCUC